CCCAUUUUUAGGUUUCACUCUUAUCAUAAUCUGAUGUUUGCCUACACACACAACACCUGGAGGAUUGGAAAUGUGUAAACUUUGUCUGUCAUAACUGAUAAAACAGACAAGUAAGCCAUAGUCCUGCUCAUCCACAAAAAAAUGUAUGCCCAUCCACAGAGUAUGGAGGCUAUUAAAAGAUCUCUUACUAACUUACGAAUCUAAAACUGGUCCGGGUUUUAUUCAAACAGUCAAAGAGCAAAUAAAAAUGGAGAUCACCAGCCUAAAACUACAUUGAACAACUCCAUUUCUAAUUUUCAAUCUAAUCUACAUCUUCAAAACGUUACACUAUCUCUGUCAUACCACAUUAGAGAUAAUAAUUUCGUACUAAGUUAAGUACUCAAAAGAAAUUCUUUUAUAAAAAUCUAGAAUCUACAAUAACAAGGCCUUAUAAAGCCAAUAAUAGAUCUAACAUAUAAUGUACAUAGGAUAGGCUUACAAAGUGUAACAAAAAGUGACUGUAAGCUUUUACUUAUGAAAAGCCAGUCUCCCUUCAACGAUCAGUGCAACUGCAAGUGCAUGUCCUAUAAGGAGGCAGAUGCCUUUCAACUUCUUGGCCCUUGACUCACAGUGGCAAACGCCCACUCUCUCUGCCUCCGACAAUAAUGUAAACAGUGCUCACGAACGAAUGAGAUUCCGUGUUGUGUUUCUUUACCCUUCCUGGCUGAGAAGGCAGUGAUUGACAGUGUUUACAUUACGAGAUCUCACCAGCGGCUAAUGUGAUACAAAUGCAGGGAAUCCAGGAUGAACAAUUCAACAUAGCAACAGUUGAAGCAAAGCCAAACAAUCUUGAACUAUCGAUACAUACCUUUGAUGGUACAUUUUCUGGUAGAUCACUACGGCAGAGAAUGUGCAAGCAGAGCUUGACCUCGGUUUCAGGAUGAAUGUUUUGGUUUUCUUCGGCUACGUUAAAAAGAGGCCAAAGCUAUUCACGCGACGAAACGAAAUUUGAGAAAACGAAAGUAGGAAAGUUCAGGAAAGGUGAAAUGAGCGGUCGUUGCAGCUCCUGAUUUCUGGAACGAAAAAUGUCAUUUGUUGUUCACUAUGAUAAAAUUACUUCAAAAAUGGAAACAAUACCGUUACAGAUUCGUACCAUGGCUGGCAAUCAAUUUUAAAGACAGGAGCAUCAGAUCCGUCACUGAGCAUGACACAGACAUUGUCAUAACACACAAGGAGUUUUCUCACUUUUUGCACCAGUUCUUGCGUAGUUUGCAUGAGAAACAUGAAGGAAGCAAGAAUGCCAAAGCAGACACAGAGGAAUCUUUUCAAAAUGGCCAGCAAGUUCUGUAUGAAACAUGUGGAUUUUGUGUGGAGCGAAGGCCAAGUGUCCUGGAGUCAGCGGGCACAGGUGUCAAGGUCACUCAUGGGACAGUACCAGCGGCGUCUGUCACCUCUUUGUACUGUGGUCUUGUUUAUGAGCCGUAUGAACCAAUAUUCUUCCAGAGCAUUGGCAAUCCUUUCAUAUUUCGCUGCGCCGAUGGCACUCUGCUUGAUGGAAAUGAUCGAGGCAUUUCUAGGUCCCUUUAUAAAAUGCUGCGAAUCGUGGCGCUGGUGUCACUGCGAGAAAUACAAAGCGGAGAGGAGCUGUUCUCUUCUUACUUCACCAUCGUCAGAUAAUGGAAAGACAGUUGAAUGGUGUGAAUUCUAAUGCAGUUUCUUGACUGUAAAACUGAGAAACCUGGCCGUUCCCCUGUGAGAUGGGGACGUUGUGACGUUGUUCCACCAGUCAUCUCCCCCUGAUGACAGCACUGAGGGUUCAGACACUCUUCCUCUGACAUGACGGAGAACGGAUGAGAGCAAAGAUCUGCUACAGCGCCUUAUGGUUCCGCCGUUUGACGAGACACCUGGUUGGAAGUUCUAAAGAAAGGGGAACUUGAUCUCACUACAGGACACCAUGUAGAUGGUCGGCCGGUGCUCUGGUGUGGUCUGCCCCUUCUCCUUCUUUCCUUUCAACUAUCUAUCAGCCUUACAUAAAUCUCUCUUCCUUCAUUUUUUGAGUUUGUUAUUCUCUUGUAACACCUCUAAUCUUUGGCAUUCAUGAUAUUAUUGUGUUGCAAGUGCUGUAAAACUUUUACUAAAACUAAAGGACAUCAAAAUUACCCAAUGAAUGUGUAUAUAAUUUUUGGUCAAUAAUACAAUUGUCAGUUUUGCCUGAUUCUUGAGGUCAUUACAUAGAAAAAUUAGAACCUCGAA